ACGAGUCACCACCAUCAACCCCCCCCCCGUCACGUCACCCGACCCGACCACGACAAACCGCGCCUCGCGGGUUACCCACGUGCGGCUGUGCGAUCCCGCCCGUGGCCUCCUCGCCUGGCCCUCGCCGUGCAUCAUUAUCAUCAUCACCACCAACACCCGUUGACAACUCCUCCCCGCCCGCCGAACUACUAAUUCACCACGAUGCGGUGACGCGCCGCCGUUGCAGCACGUUUCCUGCAUCUCCAUCCUUCUCCCUCACCGCUCCGCCCGCCCGCCCCCGGUCGCCGCUCUCCACCGGGGCCCCCUUCAGCCCCGCGGUGCCGUCCGUGCCUUGCCGUGUGUGCAGCCGCCCCGGUUGAAGCGGUAGGCGACGAGCAGCAGUAGCAGUCGUGCCUGCUCCAGCAUCCCGAAUUAUACGCUACUAUAUAGACGUCCGUCGCGCCCCUCCCAUCAUGGGCAAGCCGUCGCUGCCAUCGCUUUCGCUCCCCCUCCCGCCGCCGCCUCGCCUCCGUCAUCGUCGUCCCGUCCGCGCACGCCGCGUCCCGCCGCUCCUCGCCCUCGCCGCCGCCGCCGCCAUGGCGCUCCUCUACCUGCUCCUCUUGGCCGUCGCGCCGUGCCUCGUCCGCGGCGGCUGCUACCGCGGCUACCGCUCGGCGUGGAGCUUCGACGCGCACGCCGGGCACCACCCGGCGUGGAUGGCGGCCGUCCCCGACGACACCAACCUCACCAGCCUCAGCAUCCCCGGCACCCACGACACCAUGACGUACGGCCUGCUGCGCCGCGACCCCGUCCUCAACUGCCAGAACUGGAACCUCAGCGUCCAGCUCGACGCCGGCCUGCGCUACCUCGACAUCCGCGCCCGCCUGCGCGACGACGAGCUGCACAUUUACCACGGCGACGGCUACACGGGCUUCAGCUUCGCCGACGUCCUGCGCGACGUGCUCGCCUUCCUCGUCGCCAACCCCUCCGAGGCCUUGGUCAUGCGCCUCAAGGAGGAGGGCCGCCCCGUCGGCGCCAACAACUCCAAGACGUUUGAGGAGGCCUUUGUCGGCUACUACCGCGGCGGCGGCGGCGGCAGCAGCGGCGAGCGGCAACCACGCAACAACCACCUUGCUGACCACCUGUACCUGUACGACAACCGCAGCGCCCCCAUCCCCACGCUCGGCGCCCUGCGCUCGCGCGUCUUCCUGCUGCAGGACUUUGCCUCGUCGUCGCAGGGGGCCCCUUCCUACGGGCUCGCCUGGGACGGCCCGCAGAUGGCGCUCGAGGACGCCUGGAUCGUCCCCGACGUCUACCACCUCGCCGAGAAGUGGACCGCCAUCCGCACCGCCCUCGAGCGCGCCGCCACCGACGCCCUCGACAACGCCCGCCUCUACCUCGCCCACGUCUCCGCCUCCAUCGGCGUCCUGCCCGUCGAGGCCGCCGCGGGGCCCCUCAACCGCACCGUCACGGGCAUGAACGACAUGACGGGCCAGUGGGUCCGCGACUUUGAGCGCGUCCCCGAGGCGCGCCGCACCGGCGUCGUCAUCUUUGACUUUCCCGGCAGGCAGGCCAUCGAGGCGGUCCUGGCGUGGAACAAGAAGCUCGGCGUCAAGGUGUAGCUGCUUUUGCCAGUUUCUUUUCAGGGUAGCAGCUGCUUUGCCGCUUUUUAGACAGGAGACUGCUAGAAGGAUAUGAUGUAGAUUCGUACGCGCAGAUGCACGGACAGCGCUGCAGGAAACGGUACACGGUUUGGAGAAUAGAAUGGCAGUUUAGAGAAGGGGGGAGGGGGAUAGAGACGGGCCGCGAGGGACAUGUCGACACAUGGAUACACGGAUACGCGCAGGACAUAAAUACCGACGCAACGGCCAAGGCAGGCAGGCAGGUAUCACCACAUCACAUCCCGAUCCUAGACCCUAACUAAACACAAUGAGGGAAAACGCCAACGGUUCCUAUGAGUGAGCGUAGGUACCUAGUAGCCCCCCCCCCUUUCUGUCUUGUACGUCUUCAAGUAUACUGUAUACACACACAUACACGCAUAUACACAUAUACAUACAUACUCGCAAACAUACAUACAUGCAAUACAUAUAGACAUACGUACAUGCACGAAUAUAGACCUUUGAUUCCCAUCCCCAAAGCCGUUUGCGCGCGCGUGUAUACAUACCCCUUCCUUUUGCUCCCUGCCCCCAAGAAGGAGGGGCAAAUAAACACACCACCUCUCUUUCUCCACCACAGGGACAAUAUCGUGGUAUAAAAAAUGAAGAAACCGUGAAACUCACUCGCCGUAUUGACCAAAUGCCAGGCAAACCGCCCGCGAGUGAACCGCGCGUGGGCCACUCACUCCCCUCUCUCUGCACACAAAGCAUUUCGUAAACGGAGAACCAGAAAAAGCAGCAGCAACAGCAACAGCAUGAAAACUCCAGUGUGGUGUU